CUCCUGAACUCUCCGCUCUUCCCUCCCUCUCGGUACCCCCGCCUCCGACCUUCGCCGCUGCCGGGAUCGCGUCUUGCACCGGCCCGUCCUCUGAGAAGCGGCGAGGGGGCCCGGCCAUGGAGACCCUCGUGCGUCCCGGGGCCAGCAAACCCCCCACUGGGAAAAGAAUGAAAGCUCGUGCUCCCCCUCCACCAAAUCAACCUUCUGCCGCAAGUAGAAUUCAAAGUGAGCCCAAGUCACCUGCAGAGACAUCUGUAAUUUCUGAUCAGAGCCUUGUGAGCAUGAAGGAGAACAUGAUAAACAGACUGGUGGACUUCACAGUUGUUUUACCCAGUGGGGUGGAGCAGAAGUGCACAGUGCAAGGAAGUAAAGCUGUGAUGGAUGUAUUGGUUGAUUUAUGCAGCCAGUACCGCUUAAAUCCAUCUCAACAUAGUCUUGAACUAAAGUCUUCGGGAACUCAACAAGUUCUGAGUUACAAGCCAAACACUUUGAUAGGAGCACUGGAUGUACAGACAGUACUUCUGAAAGAGAAGAUUCCUGAAGAGAAGGCAAAGCGACCUCUGCCAAGGGUCCCUGAGAAAUCUGUGAGGCUGGUAGUGAACUACCUGAAGACACAGAAAGCUGUGGUUCGAGUUAGUCCAGAGGUGCCUCUCCACAGCAUCAUCCCAGCUAUUUGUGAGAAGUGUGAAGUCAGCCAAGAGCACAUUGUUCUUCUGCGGGAUGGUAUAACUGGGGAAGAGCUGGAGCUUACCAAGUCCUUGGAGGAGCUAGGGAUAAAGGAGCUGUACGCCUGGGACAGAAAAAAAGUUCCUCCAUCAAAAACUCAGUCUGAGCCUUCUCUGAACUAUAGAGAACCAAAUCGAAAGGCUUCAGUAAGCAGUGAUGCAAUAGAGAAAGAAAAGACAAGACUUUUGGGAUUGUUUAAUGCUGAUAGAAGAAGCAGCCAGGGUUUUUCCACAGCACCAAAUUCCCCUUCGGUGAAUUCUCGUUCCAGUAGCCUGGGUUCAUCACUGUCCCUUGGUAACAUCUCUGGAAUGACAGCAAACCCAGAAGUGAAAAAGCGCAGAGCACCUCCUCCACCAGUUGCAACGCCAGUAUUGCCGAACGCGGAGGUGAGGGGACAAGAGAGGACAGCAGCACAGAUAUCACAAGGAGCAUCCUUGAAUGAUUUAAGGAAAAAGAAGAGGCGUGCCCCUCUUCCACCAGCUGCGUCUGCUCCACCCACUCCUGCCAUACCAAACAGGACAGAAGACAGGGAAGACAAGAGGAAGAGCACAAUGGGUGAUGGACGGCAGGUGCCACAAAAGCCUCCUAGGGGCACCACUCGUGGUCCCCCCCAGUUAGUGAUCCCCCCACCCCCACCUUACCCUCCUCCUGGCAGUGACAUUGUGGAUCCAACAGUGUGUUACAGAGAAGCAGAUGUUACAGCACCAACAAAGCUGGUACCUAAACAGAGCCUGCUGUCUACACAUGAUAAUGUUUAUGUAGUGGAUGACACGGUUCUGGAGCUAUCGGAGGUGGAAGAAACGGCAUCAGAAAGCAGCUGCUUUGCAUCAGAGGACACCACGGAGGACUCGGGUGUUGUGAGCUCCCCGUCUGACAUUGUGUCUCUGGAGUCACAAAGUGACAGUAUGAAGCUGAGAGACAUCAGGCUGGUCAAUGGCUACACGGACCCAGCUGAGGCAGAUGCAGUUCGGACGGGCCCUGUGCCGAACGCUUACUGCGACAGCGUGGGACCUGACCGUGCUCCGCCGAGGCAAGAUGAAGCAACAGCUUUGGCUAAGCAUGAGAAUGUACACACAUUCAUUACAGCACGGCUCCAGCAGACUUUGGCUGACCUGGAUGAAGAUUUAGAAGCAGUGGAUGGUGUCAGUAACUCUGACUCUGACUACGCCAGUGAAGCCUUGAACCCACACAUAAGAAAAGUUGAGGCCACCCAAGAUGUUUCCAUUUCUGUUCCAGUAACAAUCAUAGAUGAUGCUCCAGAAAUUAGCACCUCUUACUCAUAUGAAAAUCAAGAGGUGGAGAUUGAGGUUUCACAGAAUGUCUCAGCGGACUCUGUUAAUGCAAGAAACUUCACAAAUAAAAACAACAAUGCAGGUUCCUUUGAUAAGGGACACACAGAUGGUGGAGCUGUAUACAAGGACCUAAUAUAUCAGCAACCAUCUGAAAAUGAAUUCAUUCACUUGCCUGUGGAACAGAGGAGAGAUAUGUUUGAAUCUCUCACAUCCUCCUUUGAAAAAAAAAUGAAAAGAGCUUAAGACUGGAACUCUCUCCUAAACAUGGUGUGAAGUCUGAGGAAU